AUGUCUUUGCUCACCUUUUUGGUUGCCAUGCUCAUGGCAAAUGCCGUCAAUGCAAGCGCAAUCCAUGUGCGUCAAGAGGCAGCGCCGCCGUGCCAAGAGCAGGUUCCAAGCGAAGAGUUUGUGGAAAUUUCCCGCAAACUACGACUCGAGGCCUCCAACUCGUCCCUCACACGCCGGCAACAGGAAAACUUCAACAUCCAGGUUUACGCGCAUGUCGUAUACGAUCAUACAAGAGGCAAUCGCGGCUAUGUACAGGAGCAUUUGAUCGCAAGUCAAAUACAAAUUAUGAACCAGCAUUACAGAAAUGUCGGAAUUUCCUUUACCCUUGCUGAUGUAGACAAAACACGGCACCCUAGGUGGGCUUAUGGUUACGACGAGUUUGCUAUGAAAGAGAACUUGCGCAAGGGCGGAUAUGCAGACUUGAACAUGUAUUUCGUUGCAUCCAUUCCUGGGGGAGCAGCCGGUGGCUCAAGAACCUAUGGAAUUUGCUACUAUCCCAUCCCUCGCCAACUUCAGUUCGUGGAAUUCAUUCGCGAUGGGUGCACGGUGAUUGCUCAGAGUGUCCCUGGGGUCGACGGUUGGGUAAAGCAGAACCACAUCGCUACCCACGAGGUUGGUCACUAUCUUGGCUUAUAUCAUACCUUUGAGUGGGGGAAUUGGGGCGAGCGGAUAUGCUCUCCUGGUGAUGAUGUCGGCGAUACGUAUCCACAAGAACAACCGUCACAUUACAACACUAGGCCAAUGGUUUGGGCCUGUCGCGGCUGGCAACGAAGCAAUAUGUACAAUUUUAUGGACUACUCGUGA